AUGUUAACCAAAUGGUUUCCGCACACCAAGGAAAAGCCACUGAGUGAAGUGGUUCAUUCCCGCGAUGCCUUCAUCUACUUGGAUCGGAUGAUUUGGUCCUUCGGCUGGGCAGAGCCUUCUGAGAAGAGAUGGAGUCUUGUCUACAAGCUGUGGUCCGCAUUCAUGGUUUGUUUGAUGUUAAUCUUCAUGCCUAUAUCGAUAAGCAUCGAGUAUAUUAAGCGAUUCAAGAGCUUCUCGGCAAGCGAGUUCCUAAGUUCAUUCGAGAUUGGAGUGAACAUGUACGGAAGCUCCUUUAAGUGCGCCUUCACCAUGAUUGGAUUCAGGAAACGGGAGCAGGCCAAGCUAAUACUUAAUCGACUGGACGAGAGUGUUCGAGAUGCGGAGAGAUCCACUGUGCAUCGCUAUGUGGCCUGGGCAAAUCUUUGCUAUGUCAUGUUUCACAUUUUGUACACCACGUUCGUAGUCAUGAACUUUCCGUAUUUCCUGCUGCAAGGACGACACGCCUGGCGAAUGUACUUCCCCCUGAUCAACACCGAGCUCCAUUUUUACCUCACGAGCAUCGCAGAGUGUGUACUGAUGCUGGAGUGCAUCUACAUGGACAUGUGCACGGAUGUGAGUCCCCUGGCCUAUAUGCUGAUGGGUCGUUGUCACAUAACCCUCCUCAAGGAUCGGCUGAGAAAUCUCCGAUCGGAGCCAGGGAAAACUGAGGAUGAGUACAUGGAGGAACUGACCAAUUGCAUCCGGGAUCAUCGUUUGAUACUGGACUAUGUCAACGCAUUGCGACCUGCCUUCUCAGGCACCAUUUUCGUGGAGUUCCUGUUGAUCGGCACUGUAUUGGGUCUCUCGAUGAUCAACUUGAUGUUUUUCUCAACCUUUUGGUCAGGAGUCGCCACAUGCCUUUUUAUGUUCGACGUGUCAAUGGAGACGUUUCCCUUUUGUUACCUGUGCAAUAUCAUAAUCGAUGAUUGCCAGGACCUGGCCGACAGUCUGUUCCAUUCGAAUUGGAUAUCCGCCGACCGUCGCUAUAAGUCCACUUUGGUAUACUUUCUUCACAAUCUUCAGGAACCCAUUACUCUUACUGCUGGUGGAGUGUUUCCUAUCUGCAUGCAAACCAAUUUAGAUAUGGUGAGGUUGGCCUUUUCUGUGGUGACGGUUAUCAAGCAGUUCAACUUGGCCGAGAAGUUUCAAUAA